AUGUCGAAUCGGAGAGACAGGGUGGAUGGUAUUGAACAAUCGAAAUCUCGAGUGCGGAUCGGCCGGGCCUGUGACCGCUGCAAGCUGAAAAAGUCAAAGUGCGACGGCAACACCCCAUGUUCGAGUUGUGUGGCUAGUGAUAGCCCUUGUGAAUACAGUGUCCGGCGACGACGAGAGGCCAGAGACUGGUAUUGGGGUAUGCAAGAUAUUAUCGACGAAGCGUUGCAAAGAUUAUACUGGGCGUGUAGGCAAGGGCGAGGAUUCCCCGGUGUGGUUCCCGACGAAACCAACGGCCGCGUCUCGACCGAUGCUAUCCUUCGCGGGCUAGGUCUCAGUCCGCCACCAGUAGACCGGCUAGGCCUGGGUACCACUCAGUCCGAUUCUGCUCUGGACGGCGUCGAACGACAGGCGGAACGAUCAUAUCGGCCCCCCGACAUUCAGACAGACCGGUUAUCCCGACCUUCGACAAGUUCUUCGAGACCAACACCGAUACCGAUAGUGAGCGAUGAUCGAUCGAUCUUGGGCGACGGUGUGCAAGGAAUGGAAGGCCAAGGGUUAAGCGCGCAGAGGAUGCCUGUUCACAAUCAGCCGUCGCGAGAUUCUACAAACCUCCCUCAACCAUUUCCCCAGACUGUGGAGGGCACAAUCGACCCUGGCAUGCUCCAGGAUGGCGAUAUGGACAUGAUCAACCUCGAUCGUGCAAUGUAUUCCGACGUGGAUGCGAUGCAGUUCGAGCCAGCCGAACGACUGGCUGGGCACGGCGAACAAACACCGGCGCAGAUUGGACACAAUACACUCCGUCCCCAGCCCAGCCAAGACGGCGCCAUACCUGGCCACGAUUCAGGAUGGCACGGCCAGAGAGGCUUUCAAGCCACGGGCCCGCUUCCGUGGCCCGGCACACUGGCAGCGGUGUACCGCAACGAUCAAAGCAAGCCCGAUGGGCAUUCUUUCCAAGGCCAAGGAGGGCAGCAGUAG